UUGAUCGAGAUAUCUUUGUUUUCAAUGAACCGAAUUUUUUAGGACGGUGCUCAAGUGACGUACUACGCAGAUAGAACAACAUUCCUGCGUGGGGCUUUUGAUAAGGGCUAAUAAAAUCGAAAAUAUGGCUUUUGCUGAUACCAACUUCAAUGGGCUUACGCUCACUAUUCUCGGCUGCGGUACAAUGGGCAUUGCAAUAACGUCUGGCAUAAUGUCGCAUUUGGAAGAGCGGAUCCCGGGCCAGAUCUCUCAUGCCCCUUCCGGCACUUCGACUCCGAUGGAGGAGUACCCACAAAGAUUACCAGCAAAGUUCAUAGCUUGUGUUCGGCGGGAGAGUUCCGCAAAACGUAUCAGACAAAGCCUCGGCCAUCAUAAUAUUCCACUUUCCGUCUACGUCAACGAUAACGUGAAAGCGGUCGAAGAAGGAGACGUCGUGCUGCUUGGUUGCAAACCACAGAUGUUUCGUGAAGUUCUUGGAGCACCAGGUAUCAAAGACGCGCUGAGAGGCAAACUAUUGAUUUCUAUUCUUGCUGGAGUUACCGCUGAACAAAUUGAGCAAUUGCUCUACGGGAAAGAGCAACCGGCUGAUGCCUGUAGAGUGGUCAGGGCUAUGCCAAACACUGCAUCGUUUGUUCGUGAAUCAAUGACGGUUAUUGCGACAUCGACGCCACCUCUGUCACCUGAAUGGAACAGUUUGGUAACCUGGAUAUUCUCAAGAAUAGGACGGGUCGUACAUCUUCCACCCUCCGCUAUGGAUGCGAGCACUGCGCUAUGCGGCUCAGGACCUGCCUUUAUGGCUCUUGUCCUUGAAGCAUUGGCAGAUGGGGGCGUGGCCAUGGGACUUCCAAGAGCUGAAGCGCAGCUUAUGGCAGCACAAGUCAUGAGAGGUACGGCGAGUCUGGUGACCAACGGGGAGCACCCUGCAAUUUUGAGGGAUAAGGUCAGCACACCUGGCGGAUGCACCAUCGGAGGUUUACUUGUUCUCGAAGAAGGCAGGACAAGAGGAACUGUAGCAAGAGCUGUUAGAGAGGCAACAGUCGUUGCGAGCCAGCUUGGAAAAGGUGUCGUUGGCGUAAAUGGAACACGAUUUCUCGAACGAGGCGGAAUGAGCGACUGAUCAAGUUUGGAUGGUCAAACUCGAAGGUACUUACGUGAAAACCUAAUCUCAAUAAUUUUUGGGCAUCAUAAAAGAUAUUUUAGGAGAGGGUUAUUUGAAUGUAUCGGCUGUCAUUGUAGCAAUAGCCAUGACGGGGUUGAAAAGUUCAUCUUGGCAUUAUAAUCUAAGCCCACUCUAAAAUAGGGUACUAAACAGAGAUACCUUUGGCAUGACGGCGAAUUAGGGAACCGAAGAGUGCUUCAAAUCCUUACAAUUUGCAUUGUUUAGUUUCACGACAAGCCAUUCGUGUUGCCCAUGUGUAUAAAUAUCAACGGCGACUUGAGCUCAUCUGGCCUUUGGACAAAGUCUUGUAUACGCUACGAAGCGAACGCGCAACCAAUGCGUUCGUCCAAAUGCAGUUAUACGGGGCAAACUUGGCAUAGAAAUUUAUGAUACAAC